AUGAGGUUUAUAAAUGACGAUGAUGAUGAUGAUGAUGAUGGUGAUAAUGAUCAUAAUCAUGAUAAUGUUGAUGAUAAUGAUGAUGUUGAUGAUGAUGAUAAUGAACAUGAUGAUAAUUAUGAUGAUGAUAAUGAUCAUGAUAAUGAUGAUGCUGAAAAUGUCGAUAAUGAACAUGAUGAUAAUUAUGAUGAUGAUAAUGAUCAUGAUAAUGAUGAUGCUGAAAAUGUCGAUAAUGUCCAUGACGAUAAUGAUGUUAAUAAUCAUGAUGAUAAUGAUGAUAAUAUUUUAAAUAAUGAUAAUGAUGAUAGUAAUGAACAUGAUGAUAAUUAUGAUGAUGACAAUGAACAUGAUGAUAACUAUGAUGAUGAUAAUGAACAUGAUGAUAAUUAUGAUGAUGAUAAAUGA